CCAUCGAUCAUCUCAAUUAAGCUAUAAUGGCCAUCUUCACCGCGCACUGGCGAAAGGCGGAGCUCGUGGCACCGGCGAGGCCAACCCCGCACGAGCACAAGGUCCUCUCCGACAUUGACACCCAGCGUGGACUGCAGUUCUACACCGCCGGAGUCGAGUUCUUCCGUCGCCGCCAUCACGCUGCGGCCGUCUUCUCCGGUGGUGACGACGACAAUAGCGGUGACCUGGUGGGUAUCAUCAGAGCAGCGCUGGCGGAGGCGCUGGUGAGCUUCUACCCACUGGCCGGCCGCCUCCGGGAGCUCCCCGUCGUCGCAGGUGGAGGAGGAGGAGGAGGUAAGCUGGUUGUGGAGUGCACGGCGGAAGGGGUGGUUUUCGUGGAGGCCGACGCCGACGUGCGGUUGCAGGAGCUCGUCCACGGCCAGCCGCUGGGCCCUCCGUACCCGUGCGUGGAGGAGCUCCUCUGCAGCAACCUCGUCGGCGAACCUGACGUCGUCCUUGGCAAGCCACUGCUCUUCCUGCAGGUGACACGACUCAGAAACAACGAAGGGUUCUGUAUUGGCUACCACUACUGCCACACCAUCACCGACGCAUUCGGCAUGGCCCAGCUGCUCGACACCAUCUACCGCCUCGCGCGCGGCGACGGCGAUCCCCUCACCAAUCCACCGGUCUGGGAGAGGGAGCGCCUUGUCGUCGCGCCGUCUGCCUCGCCACGCAUCACCCACUAUGAGCACCCGGCGUAUGAGCCGCUGCCCAUCUCAUCCUCCGCCGCGGCGGCCCAGGACGACGUCGUGCGGAUGACGCCGCGCGAGCAGAUGGUUACCCGCUACUUCUACCUCGGCCCAACGGAGAUGGCAGCCAUGCGUGGCCAUGUUCGGUCAUCGGCCACCGUCUUCGAGCUCGUCACCGCCGCGCUGUGGCGGUGCCGCACGGCGGCGCUGGAGUACGCGGCCAAGCAGCGCGUGCGCGUCCUGGUCAUGUCGAGCGCGCGCUGGAGCUGGAAGCGCGACCCGCCGCUACCACGCGGCUUCUACGGCAACAUGCUCGUGCCGCAGAUCGCCGAGGCCACCGUCGGCGAGCUGUGCGGCUUGCCACUCGCCCACGCGGUGGAGCUCGUGAGGAGGAGGAAGUUCGCCGUGACGGACGAGUACAUGCGGUCCAUGCUCGACAUGCUGGCGCGGCGUAGUCGGCCGUUCUUCAACCUAGACUGGACGUUCGUGGUGGCUGACGCCGGUGGCCUUGGCCGUAGCAUGGGCGAAGCGGCCACUGCCACGGUCGGCAGGUGGGAGCGUGUUGGGGGCGGCAUCACGGCGGCCGGACAGGUGAUUGCGGCGAGCCUAUAUAGCUGCUAUGAGAGGUGCAGGCGGGGAGCAGGAGAGGAAGCCGCCGUGGUGUCCAUGUGCUUGCCAGCGCCGGCAAUGGAGAGGUUCGCGCGGGAGAUCACGGUGUGCUCCAGCUCAGUAAUGAGCGCCAUCUAGUUAGUACAUCCAGACCAACUGGUGGCAAGUUGAUCGGGCUUCGUCGUGUUACUAUGCAUGGCGAUGGGGCAUGGACCAGGAUCCUCUGCAGUUAAAAUCACAUGAUUUUAUUAGUGACACGUAGACCCGAUGACUUUGUCCCUAGGUCCACAUAUCAGUGACAAAGGCACUGUGCAUUAGCAAGAUACAGUGCUGCUCAUACC